GUGAAACCUCUUUAUCCUCUUCUCCCUCCCACUUGACUCUACUCGGAUCCUCCUGCUUCCCUAAACUCAUUGACUCAUAGAAACACACUCCUGCUCUAAUAUUUGUGCUGCCCUUGGGUCCAUCUGCGUAGUGCACACCUGAACUGCUCUGCUCUAUAAUAGAAUCUUAAAGUAACUUUACUGAACUCCUGGAGUGCAGCUCUCUCCCCAGCUGCAGCAUGGCUGGCAUUGUCUGGUUGCUUCUUCUGGCCUUCUCUUCUCUAAUCACUCUUUCAGGAGCAGAAGACUUUGUGCCACCUCAAUAUAAUGUCAGCCUGGACCUACCACCAGACCAACGCUGGGAGCCAGUGCUCAAGCAAUACAACUCCACUUACCUGAGGGAGACUAUGUACUACCUGUUUGAGUAAGUGACAGUUGCAGAGACUUGCUUUGUAAGAAAUAGGUUCUCAGAUAAUCAGUAAUUGAAGGUUUAAUAUUUGCUCGGCUUGUUGUUGUUUUAAAUAUCCAAGAAUUUAGCAACAAAUUGUUUAAAAAAAUUUAUUUGCAGUAUUUUUACAGAAUGUAUUUUGUUAACUAGAAUUUGUUGUGAAAAAAAAAGGUUCCAUAUUCUCCAGUCUAUUCCAUUACAUUAACUUUAAUACUUUUCAUAUUAUUUAGUAGUGAAAUGUGUUGAUUGAUUAAUGCUAGUGUAUCUUAAUUUAAGAUGGAGCUAGUAAAAUUGAAUAGAUUGUAAAAUUGCUAAUUAAUAUAUUGAUGUAUCACUACCACUAUUGGUCAAUUUAUUAUACUAUUAUUCUUCAUUUGACUGUAUUGUGUUGAUAAAGUUUCUAUAGAUAUCUCAUUUUUCAAUUGAGAUAGAUGUAUUGUAACUUUAUUAACACAAUACAGCCAAAUGAUGAAUAAUAGUAUAAUACAUUUGUGAUAUAUAUAUAUACAGUGGUAGUGAUAUAUAUCAAUAUAUGAAUUAAUAAAUUAUGCUAUUUAUCUCUCAUUUCAUUUGUGUCAAAAAGCAACACUCCAAGCACCAUAACCACUACCAGGUCCUUGAUGUGCCCCAAGAUAAGAGUGCCAUAAUUGUAGCACAGCUAGAAUACUUACCUGGAUCCCAACAGCACCCGCGCCAGGCCUCACCUGCCUGCUAAGUGCAUCCGCUGUACUUUACUCUACAGUGACAUUCUGCUUCUCUUGCUGGAGACCAGAUGUGGCUGCUGCACUUCAGGGAGACGAAGAUAAGUUGUUAAACCAUGCUAAAAUGGUUUGACACAUUACUGUAGGAUGGCGCCAGGGCAAUUCUACAGCGUACUGAAGUGGUUAUGGUGGUUAGAGUGUUCCUUUAAAGCUCUUAAUUUUCUUAUUUGAUCUUGCCAUUUAUUAGAUACACUGUACCUAUAAUUCCUACCUGUUGCUAGUUUUGCCAAAAUAAUGCAUAGCUUCUACUAUUUAUGCCUUGCAAUCCAUUAUUAAAGUGGGACUGUUAAAUAUCUGAAAAUGACAGUUUACCAUUAGCUCACCCCAGUAAAUGCUAUUAAAGCUUACCUCUGUAAGUACUUCUGUGUCCAGCAGUGGUGGCUAAAAAUAUUAUAAAAUGGUGUGGUGCCAGACUCCACCCAUUGAAUCUAACCCCGCCCAAUCAAUUAAACUCUGCCUCCUGUCCUAAACCAGAUUACAAUGGAUUAUAUUAGCAAAUGCUUCAAAAACCAACCUAUUGUGAGUUACAAGCCAUAACACAAAAUACAGUGAGUUGCAGUAAGACAUUUUUUAAAGAUUCAUACUCAGCAAAAUAUGAGUAAACAUUGUUUGAGAAGUAGCAUUCUCAGUUUUAUACAGGUAUGCCAUAAAUGGAUAAUAAAUGAUAAAUCUACUAGUUCUUCAGCAAUAAAACUCACAGUAAUGUGCAUUACUGUAUCGCAGAAUUCCACAGCAAUAAACUUCAUAGUAAUGCGCAGUGAAAUAACUUUGUCUAGCGUACAAGUAUAAGUGCAUCAGAAAGAUCCACACUAAUGUGCCGUAGUAAAGCUCAGUGCUUAUAAGUGUAUUACAGAAUUCCACAGCAAUAAAAGCCAUAACAAUAUGCAGUAUAAAGUACAUAUUGGAGUUUCACAGUUAUAAAUGUGUAUAAUGUGUCUCUUACUGCCCCCAGCCCAUUUGUGUGUCUUUCUCCCAAGCCCUUUAUAUUUUUCUUCCCCUCGGUACCUUGUCUUUUUCUCACCAUGAGCCCCUUUGUGUGUCUCUUUCUUCCCAAGUCUCUUUGUGUAUGUAGUUUUCCCCUUCCCAUGCCCCCAUUGAAGGUCUACUUGUCUCCCCAGCCCCACUAUGUCUCUUCAUUCCAGUACCUUGUCUCUCCCCUGCAGCCCCUCUGUGUGUCUCUUUUUCCUCUUCCUAUGCCUCUUGGUGUGUCUUUCCCCGCCCCUUGAUGUGUGUGUGUCUCUCACCCCGUCCCUUGUGGUAUCUCUUUAUUUCCCCAGUUCUCUGUGUGUUUCUCCCUCUGAGAACAUUUGUGUGUAUUUUUCCCUUCCCCACGCCCCUUUGUGUUUCUCUUUCUCCCCAGUCCCUUUCUGUGUACCCUUAGCACCUCUCUGUGUCUCUCCCCAGCACCUUGUCUCUUUGUCGUCCCCCUCCCUACUCCCAUCCAGCCUUGUCCCUUUUCCCUCCUGGUGUUCCUGCAUAGCUUCUUGUACCAUGCCACAUGGACCCUGGUGGAGGGUCUUCUGUUUUCUCUAUAUGGACUGAGAGGAAGUUGUUUGGUGCUGUCAGUGAGCAGCUUUCUGUCAGUCUGGGUAGAGGAUAUAUAAUAUAUGUAAAUAAAUAUAAAUAUACCCUAUUUAUUUACUCAUACACCCUAUAACAUAUGCAGCAAGCCAGGCAUUUUUGAAGGGGAUGCUGGAGGGCCUUCUUGUCCAUGUUGUUACUGUCAACAACUUUAGAAAAGGAACAGCAAACAGGCAGAGAUGACAGAGUAAGUAAAUUAAUGAACAGGGAAAGUGUAUUUGCAGAACCUUUAAUAGUGGUUGCCUAUAGGCACAUUCUUUUGUGAAGUCCAGGGAUGCAUGCUACCAGGGAUGCAUGCUGCCUGCUGCUCACUCUUCACCGUCACUUAUUAUUAUUACUUCAUGUAGUAAGGUUGUAGCAAAGCAGAGUUUAUCUGCAACAUUUUUCAAAUGAGAUAGAUGUAUUGUAACUUUAUAAACACAAUACAGCCAAAUGAAGAAUAAUAGUAUAAUGAAUUGACCAAUAGUGGUAGUGAUAUACAUCAAUAUAUUAAUGAGCAAUUUUACAAUCUAUUCCAUUUUACUAGCUCCUAGUUUUAGUCCUUCAGUAUGUUUCCACACGAACAGUCAGAGACUACUUUCAAGUAUGCAAAAAAAUUUUUGAAACAAGAAACAAGUGGAUAAAGCUAUGUGACAUAUGUCCAGAGAUAGAACCUUCCAUAAGCACAGUGUGACCGGCACAAAGGCAGACGUAAGGCUGAAUCAUGGUCAAAAACUGAAAAUAACCACGAUUCCAGACCUUCUUCCUCUUUUCAGUCGGCCCUUGUUCUGCUAACCUUUUCUAUUAUCUCCCUGCAGCUCAUUUUGUCUCCCACGCCAGCCAUUUUCAAUCUGUUUCUUCCCGUUACUCUUUUCAUUUUUUAAACUCUUCUCUUUUAAACAUAUUUCCAAUUCUCUUUCUCUCUUGUUUCCCCAGCAUUUCUGUGCCUUUCACCAACCCACCACAUAAUUUUGUGCAGAAUUCCUCUAGUAGUCCCUUCCAGUUCCAGCAUCCGCCUUAUUAUAGGUUCACAGCAAAUAACUUUAUUUAAGAUGUUCCCACAAGACCCCUCCCCCCUCUUUAUUUAACCUCAGGCUCAGUCCUUUUAAUUCUGCCCCAUCAUCUUUUUUCUUUCAAGACGGUAUUCACAAAUCGCCAUUAGUAUUUCUUACCUAUCUCCUCCACUGCACAUUUUUUCAUACUUGUACACCAAGGCAUUUUCACUCUCUCCCUUAUAUCUGCAGGCAUACGGUCAAUGUACUUGGAUUAAUUUAAUAAAAUUACCAACAAUUUCAAUAUUGCAUGAGUAUACAGCCUUGUGCUGCAUAACUAAUCUCAGUUCCAUGUUGAAUAACUAGAUAGGCUAUAAUAUAUAUUUAAAUAGAUUUUUCAUCCAAAAGCAUUUUAUUAAAAUCAUUCUGAUUUAAAAAAAUAAAUAAAAAUAUCUAAGUUUAAAUGAAAAGGGUCCACUUUAUUUGAUCUCCUUUUUUGAAAUCAUCAAUUUUCAUCCACCCUGACCAUGUCAUUGAUAAGCUUUCGUUGGGAUGUGUCCAGAUCCAUGAAGGAAUAUCAGAAAAUAGACAAGUUCGCACAUCAAAGAAAGAAAGUUACCUGCACACUUCCUAAAUCCUUACGCAUAUUUAAAUAAAUGCAGGUUAUUUAGUAACUCCGAUGGCCAUUAGAUGGAAGCCCACCUGCCACGUCAAGGCAAACCUCUUAGGUGGGUCCUACACUGACUAUUCACCUUGCUUCCUUGAGCUUCAGGCAAUUAAAUCUAUUUGAGAUAUCAACACAAUGUCUAUGGAACAUCGAUUUUUUAAAAUCCUAUUAAUGCAUAUAAUGCCACUAUGUGUUAAUACAGGUACAGGAACAAUCUAUGAAGCUUAGUUAAUGUGCCCUGGACAAACAAAAAUAUUUAACAUACAUACAAACACACAUAUAAAAGAAAGUAAAGAGGAAGAGAGAAAAUUUGCAUAGUAAUGACCAGCUGGUUUGAUUGUCAUUUUCUUUGUUUGUAAUCUUAAGGUUCCGAAUAAUAGUUCUGCAACUGACAUAUCUUUGAAUAUUUUAUUUCAGCAUGAGUAUCCCUAAGUGGGCCCACGUCGUCAUCCUUCCAAUUACAGAUAUUGAUUUAUUUCUCUUGGCUAAGGAACCCUAUGCUUCAGAGAUCCUUGGUAUUGCCAAAACCUUGGGUGUUCAUCCUGGGGAUGUGCUCGGUCUAAACCUUGUUUAUGAAGCCACAGCGUAAGUAUAGACAAGUCAAGACAAAAUGUCAGCAUUUAAUAAGUAGAACAUAAAGCAAAAUUACAGUGAAAUAUCACAAUAUAAGAAUUAUUUAUUUAUUGUAUUGGACCUGCAUAGCUCAAUGAAAAUAUAUUUGCUGCACUGGUACACUGGGGAACCAGUAAGUUGUUUAAUUGGACUAAAACUGUUUUGCAGAUCACUCAAUGUAGGUCCCAUGGCACUCCAGGGACCAUAGUCAAUACAGUCUUUUAUGGUGAUUGGAUGGUUUUUUAUAUGAUGGGUAAUUCAAUUACUGAUCUUUAAUGGGUUAAAUGAAGCUAAAAAAGCUUAUGCUAGAUUUUUCAUGGUACAUUAAAGCCUUCAACAUGCUCACUAACAUUGGAGGCACAUAAAGGAGGCACAUAAAGGAGUACUGCAAUUUUAUGUGUGUUAAAAGUUAUUUUGUAUACACUAAAAAGCUGCCUCCAUAGCUGUCCUUCUUACUGUCCUGAUGUGAAAUAUUUAUGUCUAGAGGUGAGCUCAAAGUACAACUUUGAUAAUCUGUCAAGAUAAUUUACCUAAUUGGACACGAUGAAAUGAAAACAGCUAAGUGUUAUUUUUCAACUAUUUAUGUUAGAGGUCAUCUUGUUGAUUUCAUAAUGUUUAAACAAGGCAUGUCAAACUCAUCAAAUUGCACAAUUGGCCAAAACCCAAGGAAGAUCCCCUAGCUCUGAAACAGUUCUGCAUAUUUAAACAUUGACAUAGAUAUAUGUAUAUACAUAGUUACACAGCUAACUGUUAGGACGCUCCAUGCUAUCCUGGAAAUAAGGACACUUUACACCAUUAGGACAGUAUGGAAUGUCCUUUACUUUUGGUGCGAACAGGGUUAAAUUCCUUGGGGCCCCAAGUAUCAGUCGAUCAGGGCUGCCAUCAGAAAGUUUUGGGCCCCUAACACAGUUCAAGGUCUGGGACCCACCUCCAAGUCUGCACUCAGGACCCAUCUCCAAGUUUGCCAACAUAGCCUACCUCCAAGUCCUCACACAAGGAUGCAGUGUGUAUAAACUGAAUAUAGCAUGUGCUUAUGUAUUAGAUGCAGUGUGUGUAAAGAGGAGACGGUGUAUGUUAGUGCAUGUGUAGUGGAUAUAUUGAGUGUAUAUUGUAUGUGUGUGUGUGUGUGUAUAUAUAUAUAUAUAUAUAUAUAUAUAGUAUAUAUAUAGUAUCUCACAAAAGUGAGUACACCCCUCACAUUUUUGUAAAUAUUUCAUUAUAUCUUUUCAUGUGACAACACUAAAUAAAUGACAUUCUGCUACAAUGUAAAUUGGUUUCUGUACAGCCUGUAUAACAGUGUAAAUAUGCUGUCCCCUCAAAAUAACUCAACAGACAGCCAUUAAUGUCUAAACUGUUGGCAACAAAAGUGAGUACACCCCAAGUGAAAAUGUUCAAAUUGGGCCCAAAGUGUCUGGCCACCAUUAUUUUCCAGCACUGCCUUAACCCUCAUGGGCAUGGCGUUCACCAGAGCUUCACAGGUUGCCACUGGAGUCCUCUUCCACUGCUCCAUGACAACAUCACAAAGCUGGUGGAUGUUAGAGAUCUUGCGCUCCCCCACCUUCCAUUUGAGGAUGCCCCACAGAUGCUCAAUAGGGUUUAGGUCUGGAGACAUGCUUGGCAAGUCCAUCACCUUUACCUUCAGCUUCUUUAGCAAGUCAGUGGUCGUCUUGGAGGUGUGUUUGGGGUCGUUAUCAUGUUGGAAUACUGCCCAGUCUUCGAAGGGGGGGGAUCAAGUGUGUAUCUAGAGCAUUUGGCACCCGGGGCGGACCCUGUGUUUGACACCCCCAUGUCCCCCUCCCUCACCUUUAAAAAUGUAAGAAAACACCCACAAUUUUUUUUCAAUGUUUUCAAGAAUAUUUAGUGCACAAAUUUGUAAACUGUAUAUCAACUUGGGCUUAGAGCAUAGGGCAGAGACAGACAGAAUAUAUGCAAAAGUGCCAGGUGGACUACUAUUAUAGUAGUCAUUGGGAUGCAUGAUGGCACCACUGACAGUUCCCCUGCACCCCUUUAACAUAAAUAAUCCCCCCCUUAAUUAAAAUUUUAAAAAUGCUUGUAAGAGGAGAUCAAGGAGCUGAGUGUGAUGGGAUUUGCACUCCAACCAAGGCUGGCUGUACGACCAGCAGUACAGAUUAAGCAAUAUGGGUUUAACUGUAGUUUUAGUCUGAAAUUGUAUAUAGGUUUUCUACUAAAUCACAGAAUGUAGGUGUUGAUAAGAGUCCCCUGCACCCAGGGCCGCCAUCAGGGGGUGACAACCAUGACAACACCACAUUCCCACUAUAUGAUCGCUAUAUAUAUAUAUAUGUGCAGCUGCAGGCUCCCGGCUCCCUGUAUUUGCAGAGGGAGCCCAGCAGACUGCAGGAGCACAUUACAGCUCUUCCCUCUCGCAAUGCUUGCGGGAGUUAGAGAGAGCUUCCUUCUGGGACGACAGCCAUGCAAUGUGCUGCAUGUGGUAUGAGCACUGACAGGCUCUGCAGCAAUGCUGGCAGCACUCAUACGACUAUUUCCCAAAGACAACCUCUGGAUAUGACGCUGAGCAUAUGCACUCAACUUCUUUGGUUGACCAUGGCGAGGCCUGUUCUGAGUGGAACCUGUCAUGUGAAACCGCUAUAUGGUCUUGCCCAGCAUGCUGCAGCUCAGUUUCAGGGUCUUGGCAAUCUUCUUAUAACCUAUGCCAUCUUUAUGUAGAGCAACAAUUCUUUUUUUCAGAUCCUCAGAGCGUUCUUUGCCAUGAGGUGCCAUGUUGAACUUCCAGUGACCAGUAUGAGAGAGUGUGAGAGCAAUAACACCAAAUCUAACACACCUGCGACCUUGUAACACUAACGAGUCACAUAACAUCAGGGAGGGAAAAUGGUUGUGCCCAAUUGGACAGUUUCACCUAGGGGUGUACUCACGUUUGAUGCCAAUGGUUUAGAUGGUGUGUCUGUUAGUGAGUGAGUGUGUGUGUCUGUUAGUGAGUGAAUGUGUGUCUGUUAGUGUGUGUGUGAGUGUGUGUGUGUGUGUGUCUGUUAGUGAGUGUGUGUGAGUCUGUUAGUGAGUGUGUGUAUGUCAGGGAGUGUGUCUGUUAGGGAGUGUGUUAGUGAAUGUGUGUCUGUUAGUGUGUGUGUGUGUGUGUGUGUGUGUCUGUUAGUGAGUGUGUGUGAGUCUGUUAGUGAGUGUGUGUAUGUCAGGGAGUGUGUCUGUUAGGGAGUGUGUUACUAUGUGUGUGUCUGUUAGUUUGUGUCUGUUAGUUAGAGUGUAUGUCUGUUAGCUAGUGUAUGCGUGCCUGUCAGUGAAUGUGUGUGUCUGCUAGUGACUGUAUGUGUCUGUUAGUGAGUGUGUAUGUCUGUUAGCUAGUGUAUGAAUGUCUGUCAGGGAGGAAGGGGUGGUCGCGGGGGGUGGUGGUACGGGGGGGUGGGUGGCUGUCGGAGUUUUGUCUUGCCUAGGGCAGCACAAAACCAGGAUACACCACUGGUCAGAACGUGUGUGUAUCUCUGUGUAUUAUACACAGAGGGCGCAGGGUAUGUGUACAUACACCCCUUCAAUCAAACUCCAACACCACACACAAAAGCAGUGAGGCAAAGUGUUGUCGCCAGACAAGGGCUGCCAGGAGAACUUGGCUUCAUUCUUAUUCUCUUGGCGGGAUGGGAGGGGACAUGCCUGUAAGGGCUACACUAUCCAAAACACUGUUAUAAUACAACAUAUUUGUUUUUGGUUGGAGUAACCUCUAUUAAAGGACCACUCCAGGCACCAUAACAACUUCAUCUCAAUGAAAUUGCCUGAAGGAAUUGGACUGUUAACAAACAACUUAACCCUGACGUCUGCAAGAUGGCGCAUGAUCGCUCUGACCCUACACUUACUCUGAAUGUCUGAGACUUUAAUCAGGAAGCCUCGUAACGGGUGCCGCUAGUAGCCAGAGCCUAGCACUAUCUUCCGUUCAGAAAAGGGAGUGAAACAGAUAUGUACCUUUUUUUCCGUUAUUGAGAAGUUCUCAUGGAUUUCAAAGUGUCCCUUUAAUGAUAAUUGAUGUAUCUGAGAAGUCAAUGACGUUCGUGUGACUUCAUAAGAGAAUCAGGCAUUACUUAAGGAUUUUUUUUCUUUGCUGUGUAUUUUAAUGCCAGGUUGUCCUGUGUUAAGACGCAUGGGUAUAGAUGAUGUGUCACCUAUUGCUCCUCAGUGAAGACGAAUAGUAUUUGCGGAAGAAUAGGUUUAAAGAAGAAUAGCUUUUGGAGGAAACAAACUAUAGAAACUAUUUUGGUUUGGGGUUUUAGACUCUCAGGAAGUGAAUAAACUCUUCACACAAUAUGUUACAUGUGGAUACAUACCACUUUCAGAAGACAUAACAUCACUUCAUUAUAAGCACCUUUAACCCUGUUAUGGCCUGGGUAAGUGUGAAAUGCAGUGCACCAGUCUAAAGUGCUAACAUUCCAUUUCCCUAUUCAUUUUACUUUCAUAUGCAUGUCUACUUUAACUCAGAAGAUCAAGAUAAAUUUAUUUUAUGUAUACUUACCUUCACCUCAUGUUGUACCCUUAUGUGCUCAUCAUAGGGUUAGCCAAAUUCUACAUGAACUCUUUGAGAUUAUGUAUUGCGUAGUCAAAAAGGAAAACCCAUUCCAAGGGGGAGAAGAUAAGAGUUGUGUGCAGUUGUGGUGGUCCCGCUAGACCACCAAUGAUAGAUGAGGUGAAAAAUGUUACAGUAUUGUUAUGCCAUUAAAAAUUCUGGUGCAAGAAAAAUCCUUAGAAGAUAAUGUUUUUGUAAUUACAUUUUGCAGCAGUGUAUAAAUGACAGGUUGUAUAUUUAAUUAUUUUUCUUCAAUGUAGGUAUUGUACAAGCAUAAUAGCUCAAGAUGAAAAAGGGAACCUUUAUCAUGGAAGAAAUCUGGACUACAACUUUGCUGAUAUAUUAAGAAAUCUGACAGUGGAUCUUAAUUUUAUAAAGGGAGGGCAGGUACAGUAAGUCAUCUAAAACCGAUUGUUUAGAUACAAGACCCCAUUGUAAGAUGUGUCUGUUGCUGAAUAAUAAGGUUACAGUGAUCUCUACAUAGCUCAGAACUAUGAGAAAUGAUGACAUGGGAAAACCACCUAUUCCUACACUUAUGUCCCAGAAAACAUAAAUAAUAAAUAAAAUAGUUAUCGAUCUGUGGGUAUAAUUAAAAAGACACUCUAAAUAUCAAAACAACUACAGUCUUAAUGGUGUCCCUGGAGUCUGAAAAACGCUUAGCCAUCAUUCAGACAUCCACUAGAGGCAUUUUCUCCUAGAAUGCAUUUUUGAAGAUGUUCAUGUUUGGCAGAAUUCUCCUCUAUGAAUGAUAUCCUAUUGGUGCUGUGUGACAUUUGCCACACAUGCUCAGUAGUGCCCUCAAUGCUUCCCUUCCCUGUGCCCUCAAUGCUUCUGCUGUGGCGAGACCGUGGCACUGCUAGAUAUGAGGUGAUUUUCAAUUUUUUUUCAUUUGGAGAGGAGCGCUCAUUAAUCUAAUCCAACCAAGAACAGUAUUCUAAUCCAAUAUAAAUGUAUUUAUAAUAUUACAAUGUUCCUUUAAAUUGUUACACCAUUAAACGAUCAGUGUUGCAACUGGUCUGUGAUAAUGACUGUUACUUUUUAAAUAGCCAUACUGUUGAUUCUAAAGGAAGUUGGUGGGAUGCAAAUUGAAAAAUACCAGAAUAAUGGUAACCUUGCUGUUUUUUGCCUGCUCUGCUGCCUGAAUUUCAGUCUUCUCACCUGUACUUGGUUCAGGGUCCUGACGCUCUGUCCCGGGUACUAUCCACAUACAACAACGUAGCAUGGGUACAUUGUUAGACGUGCAAAACUUACUGCUUAAAUUGAUGUAAGAGAAUCUCCUUAAAGGUACAUUCUAUGCAACAUAAACUCUAACCUAUCACUCUCAGACAAUGAAUGUCUUCAUCUAAUUCCACAUUAUCAAAGCAGUUGAGAUAGGUGGUUCCAGGAUACCAUGAAGAGCCUUAUCUAUCAUGUUGUUCCGUAAACAGCGCUAGUGAACUCUAGCGAGCUAUAGAGGUUAUGUUGCUAAAAGUGGUCCUUUAAACAAAGCAAAGCCAUGUUGACCUGUGCAGCUCAGCCUGUUUUAGGAAUGAUUGUAUGUUUGCAUGAAGUGAGGUAGAUUCAGACAAAUGAGAAAGGUGAAUAUCUACAUAUUUAUUAUUGUGUAAAAUCGGUAAUAUUCAUAGGGAAGUUGUGAACCUCAAGAAACUUCAGCUGUUGAUAUGAAAUUGUACAGACAUUCUAGUCUAGACCACAAACCAUAUGAGUUAUCAUCGUGGUUCAAACAACACUAUUUCUAUGGAAGUAGUAGAGAGACUUAUUUUAGCUCGUGCUAAAACACAGAGAGUGGGCAGGAUAGAAUUUCAGGUUGACAGCUGCCUACAGGUGUCUGUCUACAAGGGGCACCAACAUUGACUACAAAUGUGCAUUUUUAAAAAUUUUAGAUAUAUUUUGAUAUACUUUAUUUUUUCCCUUCAUUGCUACAUGCAUUAUUUGUUUGUGGACUUGCAGACUCGUAUGGAGCAAGCAAGAGAGAACUGAAUUUUUGGAGGGGGUGUAGUGGGCACUUAAGAAUGAUGUGCCUACAAGCAUCGGCCCUGCUAAUGCAGCUAGCAUAACAAGUAACCGUGUGAAGAAUGGGUCUAUUCAAUCACUCUGCAACAGCUUUUUAAAACGUGGUUAAAGACUGUUACAUAUAAAUAUGUGACAGCAUCAUUACCACAAUCCUUUUUCAAUUCUCUGCUAAUGAGUAUAUUUCCCAGUUACAUUAUUUUUUUUUAAAUGUAUCGGAUAUGAUCACAUGUGCCGAGAGACUUUAAUUUAAAUAAUUUAGCUCUUGAAUUUCCUAUGCCUGCAGUAGCCUGCUCAAAAAGAUGUCUGUUUUUAAACAUACUUAUAGUGAUGAUUAUAUCACAUAUUCUAUACGACAGAUAAAGACCUCACUAACAGGCAGGGCCGGUGCAAGGAUUUCUGCCGCCCAAGGCAAAGAUUAAUUUUGCCACCCUCCUCAUGAAAGCAAAUACAAUCUCACAGAGGUUUAUUCAGUAAACUCUGAAUUGCAGUGAGUUGAAAACCAAAUUGCAAAGUUUAAGCAAAAACAGCUGAACUGUGACUGUAGCCGAAUUGGAGAAUUCUUCUAGAUCAGCUAUUUUGGCCUAAAUUUUGCCAUAUGGUUUCCAGUUAGGUCUGCCUAAUACACACAUACUGCUUAAUGCGUACAUCCAUAAACACACUACCUAAGACCUGCAUCCAUACACACAUACUGCCUAAUGGUACAUUGAAUAGAUAAUUUAUCGCCGUGAUAAAUUAUGUAUUCAAUUGCAUUUGGUGAAUUUAAUUAAUAAGACUAGCACAGACGAGCACACACAUUGACAGACGAGCACACUCACUGACAGACACACACUAACAGUCACAAACACUUACAGACACACACUCACUGACACACCCACACACACAGAGACAAACACACAGACUCCGACAAUUUUAUUUUUUUGAGGCAAAUUCAGCCUCCUUACCUCCCUGGGGUCCAGUGUAGGGCAGCUUCUCACUCCUCCAGUGCACUGUUUCGUAUGCUGGGGCCGGAAUUACAUCAUAUUCCGGCUCCCAGCAUCACAGAGGGUGCUCGCGGGAAGAGUGCUGCAAGAACAGCCUCCCUCGCCACCCACACUGCCGCCUAGAUCCUGCACCUCUCUCCUCCGGCAUUUCACGGCAGAACAGGCACCUGCCAUCAAGGUAAGCAGGUGCCUGCUCUACCAUUCUUUAAAAUCACAGCAUCAGGGCCCCCUGUGCCAGUGAGUCUCCCCCACUUGUUGAAUGUGAAGCGUUGAGGUGUAACCACUUUAAUUCAUUGUAUCCUCUAACUCCUUCCUCAUAGCAGAUGCGACAUGAUCAUAGUGUAUGUUCACUGGCCAGUGCAGACUACACCACAGCCUUGUGUCCAUUGCUUCUCAGAUUGCUCAACAUUCCUCUAAUUCUCUAGCUGACCUUAUGGUGUGUGUUGUAUGUCGGCCCCUCAAGCCAACUUUUACCUGACCAGUUGGUAUACCUAGUCCUGGUGGGCAUUUGCUCUUCCUCUAUCUCCACUGCCUCUAUCCCCGUUGUAUUGAUGAUUUUUGUCUCCUAAACUUCAAUUCUCCUCUCCUGAAACCUCUAUCAAAACCACCAUCAUGCCCCUUCCAUGGUACCACCUCUCCUUAAACUCACAUCACAGUCACACUCAUUCACACUCUCACCUUCAAAUCAAUCAAACAUUCAUUCACACACUGUUAAUUACUCUGUCAAAAGAAAAUAUAAAUAGGUGGGAAAAAAGGGCUUGUGUAGAUGUUUAUGUUUUGAUGUUUCAUGUGCUGUGUGUGGAAAUGUGUAGUGUAUUAAAUGUAAUCAAAAUCAGUUCAAAUUCUUUACUAAACAAAUGAUUCCUCUUUGUCACCAUCCUCGGCCCUGUGUCCUAGUUCUAAUCAACAAAACACAGACAAAUCAUGAUACAAAUGUAAUGAUUUAUAUAGUGCGUUGCUAAUGAACUUGGAUUAUAAACUCUUGAUUGAUCGCAAGUUUGGAUUUCACAUCCAUUACUGAUUUGAUAAGCAGAGCAAGAUCCUUUGUGUGUAUAUAUUGCCUUAUUCAUUUACAUUGCUGUACGCUGCCUUAAUUAUAUAAGUAUGGAGAAAAUGGCAGCCUUUAAAACUAAUGGAACCUGGAUAUCAUUGAUUGGAUAUAUACUGACAGAGGAAAUAUUGGCUGCAACAAUAAAAUCAUUUUAUUUUACCUCUUCUGAAGAAUUGAACCCUGAGUAUGUUAAGGUAAAACUAAGCUUCAAUAUAUCUUGAUGCACUAAUUGAUUAUAUUUAUCAACAACUGAUCAUUCUCCACUGCCAUUUUGAUUUAGUUAUAUUUGUCCUUUAAUUCCAGAUAGUAUAUACAGGAACAACUUUCAUAGGGUAUGUUGGUCUGUGGACAGGACAGAGCCCUCAUAUAUUCACAGUUUCUGGCGACGCACGAGGUAAACCUUAUUUGCUUUGCCUUUUCUUAUUUUAUUAAAUGUAUUAAAGGUUUAUAUUCUGGGUGCUAAUUAAAUAUCGCAUGUUACAACAUUAAUUUGGUUUCAAGAUUAAAUUCCAGCAAAGUCCCAAAAACAUAUUUAUGCACAAAAUCAAAUCCGUUUAAAGAAGGAAAACCCCAUGUUAUCACAUGGAAACUAUUUGUCAUGCUUUUAGUAGAAUGACUGUUACAGCCUGUAGCUAUAACUGGAUUGGAGAGAUUUUCCUGAUCAGCUGUGCUUGCGUACCUUUUGUCAAAUUGAUUUCAGUUUGCUACCAUUUGGAAUUUUAACUCCAGAGACUUUUAUAAAAUACUAUAGAAUUUAAACAUAAACAAGCAUGUCUUCACCUUUCAGCUUUUCACUAAUUUCCUUACUCACAGAGCAAGAUGGCAAGUGGUGGGAAAAUGCAAUUUAUGCUUUCCUGAAGAGAAGCUCUCCUGUCAGCUGGCUAAUUAGAGAUGUAAGUAAUAAUAGUAAUAUUGCAAUACGAGUCUUGAACAAAUGGGUAAUUCAACAAUACUGUGCUAUCUGUAUGGUUGCAUAAUUUACCAGUACAUAUCACAGAGGAUAACAUGAAUAUAUUCUCCUUAAAAGUGAAGCCCACUUGGAUUUGUCUGUGUUAUGACAUUUGGAUUACUUCACUCUAAUGUAAUAUGUACAGUUAGAUAACCAAUGGAUGAAGGUACCCAGUUAAGUCCUAACUAAUAGACAUCUGCAAUUCGUUUCGUUCCGAAUGCAAAUUCAGACGAAUUUCGGAAAUUCGGAUGCUGCCGAAUUUCCGAAGUGCAGAAUUUCCAAAGUGCUUUGGAUUUCUGAAAAGUGCUAAAACAGGAGAGGGUUGGGGUUAGGGGUUAGGGUAGGGUUAGUGGUUGGGGUAUGGUUAGGGUUAGUGGUUGGAAUAGGGUUAGGGGUAGGGUUAGGGUAACCCUAACCCUAUUCCUAACCCUAACCUUACCCCUAACCCUACCAUAACCCUACUCCUAACCCUGCUCCUAACGCAACCCUAACCCUACCACUAGCCCUACACUAACCCUACCUCUAACUCUACCCUUAACCCUACCCUAACCUACCCCUAACCCUACACGUACCCGAAGUGCCGAAUUUCAGAAUGCUGAACCGAAUAUUUUUCCCAUGCACAUCCCUACUAACUAAACAAUGAGCACAUCAGUUGCAACAUAUCCAUGAGAACUAUGACACUUACAUUAAGGCAAAUGAAUGAAUCAGUUUCAACUUGGGGGUAUCUUGUGAGAAAAUCUUCUGUAGACUCUUGAUCUCAAGUUCUAAGCCAUUCUUUCUUCAUCCAUGGAGCAGAGUAAGUCCUAGGUAUAUGUAUAGUUCCUCUACCAAUAUUAUUUGCUUGUGUUUGGAGAGGGGCAACAUUCUCUUUGUAGUUAAUAGAUCCUGUUUGCCUUGGAAUUGUAUUUAGUACCAUAGUCAUAUAGAUGUACAUGUUGCAUAAACACUGUUGCAGUUAUUCUUCAAACACAAACCCCUUGGUUGGUCACUACCUCUGGUAGCCUUUAAUGGAGUUGGAUGUGUAAUUUUUUUUAAAUGUCAAUACACAGUUUAUUUUCACAAAUAUCAAACAUAAUCCUUCUUUUCACCAGACUUUAAACAAUGCUAAGGAUUUCCAAUCAGCUGUUUUACAUCUCUCUGUUACUCCAAUCAUUGCUGAAACAUACUAUAUUAUGGCUGGGACACAACCGAAAGAGGGAGUGGUUAUUACCAGAAACAGAAAUGGACCUGCUGAUAUUUGGCCUUUGGACCCAUUAUAUGGAGAGUGAGUUGCUUAUAACUAAUAGCUGCACAGCACUGUCCUUAAAGUUACACUUCGAAAGGCAGCAAUCACUGUAUGCUGCACAUUGAAGGGCAAAAGACAAAAUACUUGAGAAACUAUCUUCUCUGCAUUGGAAUUUAAUUGAAAUUCCACAUCAAUCAGGAGAAAACAUAAGACAAAGCAUGAAUUACUUUGUCUUAUGGUAAAGUACAAUUUGUUCAAAAAGAGUAAAGCUUUUAGUCCGUAAUAAAUGUAAUAUAGUUAAAGGACUAUAACCAGCAAAAAGCCUGCACUCAUCAUUCUCCCAGUGUGUGUUAAACAUAGGACUCUUCCAGCACUUACAGACUGGCUCCUCAACUGUACUUCGACUAAUGCAAAAGUGGACUUAAACAUUAACUACUCCAAUACCCGUCUGCUUUCAGCCUAUCAUUGUCACCCAAAGUUGAAUGGGCUAAAUUGGUAGUUUCUUACUGCAUUAGUUGAACAACAGGAGAGGGAUAAGUCUGUAGGUUCGUGAAGAACCUAGUCGUCAAACUGCUCGACCAUGGUCUGACACAAGCUGGUGUGCUUUCCAUAGAAACAUAGAAUGUGACGGCAGAUAAGAACCAUUCGGCCCAUCUAGUCUGCCCAAUUUUCUAAAUACUUUCAUUAGUCCCCAGUCUUAUCUUAUAGUUAGGAUAGCCUUAUGCCUAUCCCACGCAUGCUUAAACUCCUUUACUUUGUUAACCUCUACCACUUCAGCUGGAAGGCUAUUCCAUGCAUCCACUACCCUCUCAGUAAAGUAAUACUUCCUGAUAUUAUUUUUAAACUUUGGCCCCUCUAAUUUAAGACUAUGUCCUCUUGUUGUGGUAGUUUUUCUUCUUUUAAAUAUAGUCUCUUCCUUUACUGUGUUAAUUCCCUUUAUGUAUUUAAAUGUUUAUAUCAUAUCCCCCCUGUCUCGUCUUUCCUACACAAAUCAUUUAUGUAUCUAAAAAAAAUGUUUCCCCUUUUUUUACUGACUGCGCUAUUUUCUCUCCAUACUCCUUCCACAAAAGCCUUACAAUACACUAUAUAGAGCUCCUGUAUAGUCACGAGACUUGAAGGAGGAAGGGAAACAAGACAAUUAUUUUUGUUUCAGUAUAAAAUAUCAAAAUAUUUAAAAGAAAUAUUAUAUAAAUAUAUAUAUAUAUAUAUAUAUAUAUAUAUAUAUAUAUAUAUAAUACAUUGCUAAACAUAAAUACACACAAAUACAAGAAAUCCAUGUAUAAAGUGGAAUUAUGAGGCAAAAAUGUGUUUCUUUGUUGAGCUCAUUUGCACUUACUUCAUCCACACUUUUUCCCCACUACAACUAUGUGGUAUAUAUAUAAAGACAAACAGGGUAGCUGCACUCACCUAAACGUGCAUAAAUGGGGUUCAGCUGGGGCCAAUUCAUACAAAGUACAAUAUCCAGUGUGCUCACUUCAAAGCUUGCAGAUUUUAUUAGUUUUUAUUUUUUCUAAGAACACCUAAUCUAGGCAAAAAAAUAAUGGGGGUUUAUAUAUAAAUAUAUUUGGGAGUCUAGGCCAACUCCCUGGUUUUGCACCCCUCCCUGUCACAGGUGUCUCAUUCCAGGGUCCUAUUUACAUUGUACUGGAUAGAGAAUGGUCAUGCCUUCGCCCAUCCAAUCCAUUGUAUUAUACCAUACUAUAGGAACAGGGAAUUAUUAACACUCUUCUUAGUCACUACAAUCAAGCUUUUUUGAAGGUAGUCUGAAUUUACUGAAUACUAUUCUAGAAUUACAAGUUCAGUUCAGAAUUACGUUUGUGGUUGAUGGUGGUCAGAAUUCUUUCAGUACUGUGACUAUAAUUCUGAUAAGUUUGAGGGUUAUCUUUAACAGACAUCAAAUUGCUCGAAGGCAACUUAGCAUAUCCUGUGCUAAUCUCCGAGUGUUCUUUAGACCUUAAAUAAAUACAUGAAUUCUAGUACCAUUAGGGAUUUUCCUUGUCUUGUUACAGCUAUACAAUGUAGGUAUGUAAAAAUGUAGUUCAUCGGUUUUAAAUUGAUCUACUUGAUAACUGUAUAAAAUGAAGGUGUCUCUUUUUAAAUACUUUGGUGUGCAUGAGUAAUUGUAUUUACCUUUUCUUCUGUACAUACAGAUGGUUCCACGUUGAGACAAAUUAUGAUCACUGGACCAACCCUCCUCCAACAGAUGACCGCAGGUACAUCCAUGCUCAUGCAUAGUCUGUUUCCCUGUGGUUUACAUGCUACAUUUUUCAUGCUUCUAAAACUAGGCUGUGUGUGAGCAGGAUUUAUUUCCAUUUUUCUAUUCAGAGGACCGCAACCUUUGCAAUUCUAGUAAAGCUUGUUUUUUCUAGGUGCCUGUUGGCUCAUACCAAGCACAGUUUUACAAACAGACGUCACUUACCAUGACCAUUCCUGAUGUACUGUAGGAGAGGGAGUGGGGAGAGGAGAGUUAUGUUCUCUGGAGUACACCUUGUGUGCAGAUAUUAAGAGUAAUUCAAUACCAGUGGAAGACCAAUAAAUGAUCUCCUAGUCACCACCUUGUUUUGAUACAAGGAUCAUGGACAGUCCACAUUUUCAAGGCAAUAUUUAUAAAUCUCUCCUCUCUCUCUCUUUUAAUUUUUUUAAAACAUUUUUUCUCUUCUUUCCCUUCCCCUUCAACACCAUGCUGUAAAACAGGCAGACACUGUAAAGUUAUGAUUAUUCUCUUAUUUUUCAUCUUUUCUUUUUCCUGUUCAGCUAAAGGGAAACUCCAGACCUCUAAAGCACUUUAGCUUGUUUAAAGGGAGCCUCUAGGCACCCAGACCACUUCAGCUCAUUCAGCUCAUAUCUAUCCAACCAAAGCGGCUGACUAAGUACUUCUGUUUCUGUUGGCAAUGAUGGUUUUCGCAGUAAUUUGACUAUUUAUACUUUUUUCCCCUCUCUAAGUAAUCUUUUUAUAUAAAUAGUUUAAUUUUGGACAUUUGAAGCCUGCUCUAGGAUAUUAUUAUUAUUAUAUAUGAUAUAUCCUAUACACAUCCUACAUUAUAAGUCUUAUAUUGAAUCCAAUAAAGGUUAUGUUUUAUUAAUUUAUGGGUUGCUUUUUAUCUAGGAAAGGUUAGGACUGUCUACCCCCAAAUCUCCCUUCCCCUUUUUUCCAUUGAAACACUUAAAUUCUAUUAGGUUCAGCAACCUAACACACUCUCCCUGUUUAUAUCAGUCUGCAUUAUUAUUAGCACUUGUUUUUAACCCUUUAGUUUUCACGGCACGAAGGGGGGCAUGAUGGAGGGGAUAUGCAGAUGGAGCAAUAGUACCAGGAAUACAUCUUUGUAUUCCUGGCACUAUAUUAUCCCUUUAAAUGCUUUGUCUGAAGCAAGUGUUCUCUUUUUUUCAUUUUACAAAAAGUGUCGAUUUCAAUAGAAAUUUACACUUUUAUAAAUUAACUUGGUUACAUCCCCGUGGCAGUCAAUCAAACAACCGGUCCUGUUACUUCCUGAUUGUUUAGUUCAGUGGAAAAAAGCACAGAGAAAAUAAAAGGAUUGUGUAUGCAACUGGAAGGGUUUAAGCAGUAUCACUGGAGUGGCAGUCCCUGGUCAUCCUAUUCCCUUCAGGGGCUGAUCAUAAACCCGCUUCGUCAGUCUGCCUCUUAAGCUUAGCUCCACAGAGCUAAAAAAAACCAGAAUGGAAUUAUUAGGAAUGGCUGACUGACACAGACUGGUCGUAACAUGAGUUAUUUCUAUUAAAAACUGCACUAUUUGUAAAAUUCACACACAAAGUAUUUCGACAAGUGUCCCAAGGUUUGCUAGAAAAUUGGGAUCUACAGGUCACCGCAUUGUGGCAAUAAAUAAGGUAUUAGGGCGACAAAAUACAUCAACAUGGAACAUGGAAUCAUAGUUGGAAGACUUCCAACAAUAUACAUAAGGGACACAAAAACAAAAAAUGAAAAGAGAAGAAAAAUAGUGCAACUCUGCAUGGAUAGUUCUGUUAAUAGCUUUCCAUAAUUCUUUAUUUAGUUAAUAAACCUUAUCAUGCAUGCAGAAAUUUAAAUGUGUCAUUUUGUGAAGUUUUUCAGAUAUUUGUUUUGAAGAGUUUAACUCUUCUUUUUUUUUGUCUCACAGAACUCCAGCCAUUAAAGCUAUGAAUGCAACUGGCCAGGCAAACAUCACCCUAGAUAGUUUAUAUAAGGUGAGUUAUAUGUUUAUGUACAUUACACUGUAAUCUAAAUAAAGUACUCAUACUCUUAUACUGUAGUAAUCAACGCCAACCAACUACUUGAUAUUAUGGUUAAAGUAUUUAGGAUUUUGAUAAGAUUUCUAAAACUUUCCAUUCAUUCACAAUAUAUUGAUUUUUAAAACCACACAAAAUACAUAUUAAGAUAAUUAUUAUAAUUAUUGCAUUGAUGCAGAAUAAAAUAGAGAUAUAAGUUAAGAAGGUUGGCUAUGGCAUUUAGAUUUAAUUUGCCUUAUUAUAUUAAAAAAUAGCCAGGAAAUGGCUGGACUUUGGGCACUAGUUAAAGGUACAAUUUAGACAUAACAACAAAUGUUGUGCUCCUUAUAACAUUUAAGUAUAAAAAAUCUAUAUUUUUGCAUUGUCAGUAUUAUAUAGUUUAAAAAAAAUGAAAUAAAAUAAAAUAAACAAUGAAUUGUGUUUAAUUUUUGGAUGGUUUGGAAGAACUAGUUCCUAUUUCUGUUGUUUUUAAUUAUCUACCUCCAAACAAAGCAUUAUUCUUUUAUUAUCGAAAUCUACAAAAAAUAGCUAUUAUUAAAACAUAGGACAAAACAAAAACAGCAAUUCUGUGUAUAGAUGUUCAGGGAAACUUAAUGUACAAAAAAAAUUCUAUGCAUAUGGCAAAUAAAAGUUAGUCAAUAUACUGCUUGAGGGUAUUUAUGAGGGACAUGCUGUCAUUUUUGGAAAGUCAGAUAGCCAUAAUGGCAUCUCAAUGUAAAAAAUAUUGUCUGUUAAUGUCCACAGAUAGUAUAGUGGCAAACAUUAGCCAUCAGUACUAUACAGCUAUUGCAGGUUGGUAUAACAGCAUUUUUAUUCUUAUUAAGAAUUUAACUAUUUUAUUAUAGGAUCUUAAAGGACCACUAUAGUGCCAGGAAAACAUACUCGUUUUCCUGGCACUAUAGUGCCCUGAGGGUGCCCCCACCCUCAGGGUCCCCCUCCUGCUGGGCUCUGGGGAGAGAAAAGGGGUAAAACUUACCUUUAUUCCAGCGCCCGGGGGGGAGCUCUCCUCCUCCGAUCAUCCUCCUCUCCUCCCAUUCGCUCUUGCCGCGCGUGCGCAUUCAGCCAGUCUCAUAGGAAAGCAUUUACAAUGCUUUCCUAUGGACGCUUACGUGUUCUCACUGUGAUUUUCACAGUGAGAAUCACGCAAGAGCCUCUAGCGGCUGUCAAUGAGACAGCCACUAGAGGAUUUGGAGGAUGGAUUAACUCAUUUAUAAACAUAGCAGUUUCUCUGAAACUGCUAUGUUUAUAAAAAGAGGGUUAAUCCUAGAGGGACCUGGCACCCAGACCACUUCAUUAAGCUGAAGUGGUCUGGGUGCCUAGAGUGGUCCUUUAACAUGUAUAGCUUGGAGGAACUCCGAGCCAGGGGAGAUACGAUAGAAACAUUUAAAUACAUAAGGGGAAUCAACACCAUAAAGGAUAUUUAAAAUAAAAGAAACACACACAUACAGAUAGACACAUACAUAGAUACAUACAGAGACAUACACAUACAGAGACACACACACAUACAUACACAAAAUGUUUCCUACCUUGUUACUUUCCCUGGGGUCCAGUGGUGGCUCAGCCUGAUGGUAGUCAGAGCUCUGAUUCCCUCCUCCUCCUUCCUCCCGCGCGGGCUCUCUGUAUGCUGGGGGGAGUGACCGGGGAAUCACUUCCUCCCAGCUCUGAUGUAAUCACAGGUGGCCCGGUAUUUAAGGAUAUUUAAAAUAAAGAAAAGUACCACAAGAGGACAUUAAUUAAAUUAGAGGGGCAAAGGUUGAAAAAUAAUAUCAUGAAGUAUUACUUUACUGAGAGGGUAGUGGAUGCAUGGAAUAGUUUUCCAGCUGAAGUGGUAGAAGGUAACACGGUGAGGGAAUUUAUGCAUGCUUGAGAUAGGCAUAAGGAAAUCCUAGAUAUGAGAGACUAAUGAAAGUAUUUAGAACAUUGGACAGACUAGAUGGGCCGAAUGGCUCUUAUCUGCCGUCACAUUCUAUGUUUCUAUGUUUUAAUAGAUUUAAAGCUAGUUUAUCCUCCUAAGGCAGCAAUAACAUAAAGUAGGCUUUUCCAGUAGCUGCGGCUUAGGUCUGCACAAUGUUGAGGAAGAAAUUCAUAGGAUAUCUGGUCUGAUCAGCUCUCUUGAAAUCAUUCCACAGCAUCUCUAUGAGGUUAUGGUCUUGUCACAAGUUUGGGGUGAAUAGGCUCGGUAUGCAGAGAUUUUAUAUGGACACAGUCACUGAAUUAAUAGGUUUUAUUUUGAAAACAAAUAAAUAUAAUGCAAAAGUACGCAGUGGCGUACAUACCGCGUUCGCAGGGGUCGCAGCUGCGGACCCCGGCCCGCGCGGCAAACCGCCGGGGCCACAUAUGGAGGGGGCCAUCAGGUGGCCCAUUCUCAGGACCAUCCGAUGGAUAUGGAUUGUAAGGGGGCCCGGUCAGCGCUGGGCGCUUUAAGAGUGCGACCGGGCCACCUGUGAUUACAUCAGAGCUGGGAGGAAGUGAUUCCCCGGUCACUCCCCCCAGCAUACAGAGAGCCCACGCGGGAGGAAGGAGGAGGAGGGAAUCAGAGCUCUGACUACCAUCAGGCUGAGCCACCACUGGACCCCAGGGAAAGUAACAAGGUAGGAAACAUUUUGUGUAUGUAUGUGUGUGUGUCUCUGUAUGUGUAUGUCUCUGUAUGUAUCUAUGUAUGUGUCUAUCUGUAUGUGUGUGUCUCUGUAUGUAUGCAGUGGCGUACACACAAUCCAUGGGGCCCCGUAUAUAUAUGUGUCUGUGUCUAUGUAUAUGUGUGUGUCUCGGUGUGUGUGCCUGUGUCUCUGUAUGUAUGUGUCUGUGUGUAUAUAUGUGUGUGUGUCUGUAUGUAUAUGUCUGUGAAGGGAUGUAUGUAUGGGUGUGUGUCUCUGUCUCUGUAUGUGUCUAUGUGUGUGUGCCUGUGUCUCUGUAUGUAUGUGUCUGUGUGUAUAUAUGUGUGUGUGUCUGUAUGUAUGUGUCUGUGAAGGGAUGUAUGUAUGUGUGUGUGUAUGUUUGUACGUGUCAGGGGAAUGGGGGGUGGGUGGGAGGAGGCCCACGGAUCACUUUCGCACCGGGGUCCCAUGGAUUGUGUGUACGCCACUGUCCCAAUGCAAGUAAAAACGGUAAACAAAGCAAUUCCUUCAUAAGAAAUAAAAGUCUUUAAGAAAAAUAAAGUAUUUAGCAGAGUUCCAGCACUUGCUAAAUGAAGAAAGACUUGAUUGAAGCGGUAGUUGAAUUGCAGGAGAUAUAUCAAAGCUGGGAUAGUUAACCAAAGUAGAAACCGCACUGCAGGGGUUAACCAAGGUUGUUUCAGGCAGACAAGAGUUGAUUCAGGGGAAUUCCACAGGUGAGUGUAAUCAACGUACUUCAGGCACAAGCUGGCUCUAUACUCCAGAGGAAUAACAAAACAACUAAGCACAGACCCCAGAGUGGUCUGUGCUUAAAUAGGGAAAAGGGAAUGGGAGCCCUCGCAUGAGGGUGGGUCUAAGGGCCUAUAUAAGUCGAAGGCUCCUCUGGGUAACUGAGAAUUCCACAAGCCCCUAUGUGGGCAGGAUGCUAUGUCAGUUUGUGCAUUUAACUUGAAAACCUCCAUGCUGCUUCCAUACUUGCUGAGCUGGAUUCCCCAGAGUUUGUCAGCCUAAGGGUAUCCUGGAGCAGCAUGGGGAACCAUGUAUUAUCUUCUGUUUGCUAAGAUCUAGCUUAGUUUGUGGCAGAUCUUUUUUUACAUUUUCAUUGGUGCCUAUGGUUGCAGUUUAUUACUUUUUUAUUAAUCUUAAGUACUGCAUUAACUUGGCAAGUGAAUUAUAGCGUACUACCAUCUAUAGCAAAAUGCUAUUUUUGUUUAAUAAAAUGUGUACUUUUUUUCUACUCAAAUAGGUAUUAUCAGUAACACCAGUGUUAAAUCAGUAAGUACCAUUUUUAUUUUUGCUUUUCUUUUCUUUUUUUAUUCUUCUUCUCUACAACAAAAUAUCUCUGGUGGACAGGGCUGCCAUCAGAAAACCUGGGACUCCUUAAAAUGCACAAGCUGGGUCCCCAGAGAUAACACACACACACACACACACAUGCAUUCCAGACACACUUAAAGACACAUACUCAUACACAAAUGCAAAAUGCAGACAGACACACACAGGGAUACUCAAUGCCAGACAUACAGAUACCAAUACACACUGCCAGACAGAUACACACCGACAGACACACAUACACACUGACAGAAAUACGCACAAAUCUAAUAUGUUUUAGCCACUCUCCUCUCUGCCUGCCUUUUGUCAGGAAAGUGGCAUCCCUGUGGUCCAGCUGGGAUUCGGCACGGCUGUGAGCUGUGCUGAGGGGGCUUAGCUGGGCUGUCCUUCUCCUCUUGUGUGUCCUUCUUUGAGCACUGUGAGGAAACAAGGUAGGUAGGUACAGACAUGCAGAUAUUGAAGCGAGAAAGGGCAAUUAAGAGAAGAAAGCAGAGGAGAGGACAUUUAAGAUUUAAAGAUAGGAGGGCAUGGUAAAGAUCAGAUAGGGGAAAGUAAUAAAUGUUGAACAUAAAUUAACAGGACUAUUGAUGCAAUAACUAACAUUAACAAAAACAAUUUAAGUUAUCAAUUAGCUGAAAAACUAUAGGGGAGGUAGGUAAAUAGGAAAGCAAAUGUAAAUUUAAAAACAGGGAUAAAAAAAUGGAUAGUGCAGGUAUUCUUGAGAAGAUCUUCCAGAGAUGCUACCUCCACAUAAGGCUUUUGAACUGCAAGACUUGCUAGCUGUGAGUCCUGGGAGCAACCUUUAAGUUUGUUUGUUGGCCCUCCUCCAGUUAAUUUUGUCUAGUGGGAAACAAAAGAUAGCAAACUCCCCAGUUAAAACAGGGGGGUUGUGAAGAUAAGGUGCACUAAAUAGCAAACCGAUUUUCAGCAGUGAAUAAAUAAUUCCUAAAUAAAAUAAUAUUACUUAAUGCACAAAAAAUAAAGAAAAUAUACGAAUCGCAGCACACAAAUAUAUACAGAUCUUUUCUACACUCAAAAUUCCAAAUGUGAGAGGAAGUGUAAGAGAAUAAAGAUGUGGAAUUAUCUUCCUGAAGAGGUGGUUUUAUUAGAGUCUGUACAGAUGUUUAAACAGCAAUUGGAUAAAUACUUACAAAAACAUAACAUACAGGGAUAUAAUUUCUAAUUAGUGGGGUAAUAGCUGCUUGAUCCAAGGAGACAUCUGACUGCCAUUUUGGGGUCAAGAAGGAAUUUUUUUCCUAGUUUGUUGCAAAAUUGGAAGCGGUUCAGACUUUUUUUUGCCUUCUUUUGGAUCAACAGCAAAAAGGCUGAGAGAGGCUGAAUUUGAUGGACGCAAGUCUCUUUUCAGCUAUACGUCUGAGAUUUUUUAAAUUUUUUUUUAAAUAUGGGUAAGAUAGGAAUAGGCCUUUAAAUACAGCUCAUACGAAAAUCAAAGCCAAAAAGUCUUUUCACUCCAAAUGGUUAUUUUCUACGCAAGUAUAUUAAAGUAACUGAAAGUCACAAUUUGACAAUCAUAAUAAUCUGUAUAUAUUUAUACAAUUAAUUACUUAUUUUUCAUAAUGUUUUACAUUUAGAGUGCAGAGUCUGUGUGGCAUUGAUAUAAGAGACAAAACAGUGAGGUUUGUGGUGAGAAAUAAGCGUCAAUAAGUCCGUCAGUCACACAUCUGUCCCAAUAUAUUGAUGUCCCACUGCUGCCACCAACUGUUAAAUCCUAUUAAAGAUGAGGAGUCGAGUUGUUUGUUUAAAGUUUAUUGAAAAGUGCUUAAUUAUGAAUUCAAAUGAAGAAUCAAGAUACAACAGAGCGUUUCUUAACAAUAUAACUGGAUACAACUAGUUAGAAUAUUAAUUAGUAUUUCAAAUAGUAGAAUAUUUUAGCUACUAGGAAGAACUUAUUCAAAGAUUGCUUUCACAUCACCCACUAAACCCCCACAACUUUUAAAAAAAAUUCAAAAAAACUACACAUUGACAUUGGGCCAAAAAUGGUACGUUUAAGGCCUGCUUCAAUUACUGCAAUCACAAACUCGCCUCCUAACCUAUACUUAGUCAUCUCCAAAUUUUAUCUCAAAGACCUCACUUAUAUUUUUGUAAACUGUGAAUAUUUACUUUUAUACAUAGUAUUUUACUGAAACUCAGUAAUGAAACAGAAUACAGAUUAAUUUUACCAAACAUAUAAGCCAUCCCAGCCAAACUCCCAGUACAUUUAUCUUCUUACAGGAGAAUCACAUGCAUUCUUUGGUACACAGUUACUUCCUCUUUCAAUAGCUUUUUGACAGCUUAAUAUUAACAGGAUCAAACUUGCUGUGGCUCCAUGCCUCUCAUGGUAGUGUAAUGGAGGACACAGUGAAUACAUGUCAUAUGUGAGGGUAGUGUAUUAAGCUUUAUUAAAUCGCAGGCUUACAACUUCCAUCACAAAAAGUAUAGACAUAAAAUACUGGUAAUUGAGGGUAAACACAUAUAGAGGAAGAAACGAAAGUAGGUAUAACAUUGCAACAAAAAGACUAAUCUUCAAAAUAAGAUAAGAAAAGAAAUUACCACAGACGACUGAAAGAGUAGAGGGUAAAUUACCAUUCCUCUAAAAGUCUCCCCCGGUAUACCCACAACAAUGAGUACAACUCACACGGCCAGAAGAACUAAAUUAAAAUACCUAGUAUAUCUUUAUUGAAUUUUACUUAAACAUAAAUUAAUAGUGAAACACAAAUUCAAACGUGCUGGUGAUAUUUAAAAAGGAAAGACUUGAUGCAGCCUAUACGAAAUCUCCUGAUAUAUCGAAGUCGCUGUUAUUCAAUAGUAAUAAAAAAUUAGCUUGUACAGUCAAAAUAUUAUGGCCAAAGAAGUCGUCAUUUGGAGGACAUUCUGUCGGGACUUGAAUGGCUAAUAGUAAGUAGCACUCUAUCUGAGUAAUCUUCAAAAUAAGUUUAAAAUAUAGUAUCCUUUGAUAUAGAGAAUCCUGCAAACUUCUCACUUUGCCUAGAUAUAUGCUGCGCGUUGCAUAGUUUCUAUUGAAAAGGCAGAACAGGAAGAAAGUAUAUAGAAUCCCUAUCUCCCUUAUAAUCUUGCUAGAUAGAAAAGAUAAAGUGCAGAGAAAACUAUAUCUAAAAAGUGCUCAGUGCAUCAUGUGCAAAGUGUGCACAGUUUACAGAGUGUUGAGACAACACGCCCAGGUACAGAUCACAUGCACACCAUCAUCAGGGAAAAAUACCAAAUGGGAAUAUAUCGCCCUCCAAUUAGGUAUAUCCCCCCUUCAAGCAUUUGGAAAGAAAUGUUAUCAGUAUGAAUAUGUUUUUUGGUAUUGUCCUGUUGCACCAAGAAGAAGUGAUCAGUGUUUUGUUCUUGGAUUUUAGACAAACAAUAUAUACUACGGUUAUGAGUGCUGCUUUUCCUGAGAAAUAUACAACUCGGAUCAGAAAUUAGCAAAAAGGUGUGUAUUCCAAGCUGGACAUUUUCCUUUUACUUUGUUUUAACAUUCAUUUAUUAUUAUAAAAUGUUCCAGUUUUUUGGACGUGGUCUACCCUUUAUGGUGUGAUCAGUCUGAUAUAAUAUAUAAUAUGGGUAGACCACGUCCAAAAUACUGGCACAUUUUCUAAUAAUAAAUUAAUAUAAGAUAUAAUUAUAUAUAAUAUAAUAUAAUAUAAUAUGAUAUGGGUUAUCAUGGUAUUGGCACACAUUGAGCCAAAACUAACUUGAGAAAUUAUUGGGGAAGCUAUUUGAGUUGUCCAUUCUCAAUAUUUAAAAAUUGUAUUUAUAUAAGUAAAUAUAUUAUUGAGAACAACUAAUACGAAAUAUCAUUUUGUGCUUACAUCCCAUUGAUUAGACAAUGAUUUUAGAACACUGGCAGGAAUAUUCUCUUAAAGGGACACUCUAAGUACCAAAAUAGCUUUAGCUAAAUUAGGGGUUUUGGUAUAUUAUUAUUAUAUUUAUAUAGCGCCAAUAAAUUCUGUAGCGCUUUACAGUGGGUGGACUAACUAACAGAAACAGAGGGGUUGAGGGCCCUGUUCAAUGAGUUUAUAUGCUAGAGGGAGUAGGGUAAAGUGACACAAAAGGUAAGGGAAGUAUUAGGGAAGUAGAUUGGCCAACCAAGGGAGAUCACAAUCAAGUGAGAUGUGACUAGGACUGCAUAAACAAAGUGAUUUACUGCAAGCAAUUUAUUGAUUUAUUUAAUGCUUGUGCUUUUUUUAUGCAGGUCAUGUCAAUGAUGUACCUCAAGUUCUCAGCAUCUAGAACAUAUUAAUAUACCAGUAAUCAGUUUUUAAACCAAUGAGAGGAUUUUGAAAAACAAAAUAUUCUAAUUUAAUCAAAACUUUGAUGCCCUGAUCUGUUUUCCUUGCUCCAUUUUUCUUUAUCACAUGAGCCUCCAGGUGUCUCUAAUCCUAACUAUUUAAUUACCCCAAAGGCUACAGUGCAUUUGCUUAUAUCACUGGGUCUCUGGACAUUAACUCCAAACAAACUCUGCAUUAUCCUGUGUCAAUGUCCCAUUCCCAUUAGAUUGUAAGCUCACAAGUUAUCUUGCUAAGCACUUUGUAUAACUGUAAUCACCAUGUUAAUUAUUUAUUUGUAUUUUUUUCCUUGUACAACGCAGCAAAAUAUGCUGGCGCUAUGUAAAUACUAAAUAAAUAACAAUAAUCAGCAUGGAAACCGGAGCAACCAGUAAGCACAUUGCUUUAGUGAGUCCUCAUCUUUUACUUUUUUUUUUUUACACUUUGGAAUAAAACUCUUAUGUAUCUCUCCCAUAGUGUCUCCAAUUUAAGGUACCAAAAGUAACUAGCUGGUUGGCUGCUCACAUGUUUCUGGGCCAGGUUAUUGCAUUGUUAGCUCAUACACAUGUGAACUAUAAAAAAGUAUAGAGGCAUUCCAGGCGUAAUAGUUGCAUUUCGUGUCAGUUCAUGGUUAUCUCUUAGCAUGAGGAAGCAAGUAGUGUAAAUUCCAGUAAAGCAAGUCAUCGUGAGGCUGAAAAUACAGAUACAUUUUUUGUUUGCAUAGUCAAAACAUUAGAUGCAUGGUACAUUGUUAAACGUGUGAGUUCUGCAAACAGCUACACUUCACGAUUCAUUUCCAGAAUUUGACAAAAUAUGGCAGCCCUGAAAUGCCUACCUUCCGACACCGUUUAAAGACACGCAUCAAAAGCACCUUCCCUGUCUAUCCCUUUACCCCUUACUCCAGGGGUUCUCAACGUUAGUCCUCAGGACCCCUUGCCAGUUCAGGGUUUAGGGAUUACCUGGGUGUGUCUAAGGUGUUUAGAAAAAUAAAAAUAAAACACCUUAGAGUCUUAGUUUUUCUAAACACCUGAGACACACCCAGGUAAUCCCCAAAUCCUGGACUGGUAGGGGGUCCUGAUGACUGGGUUGAGAACCCCUGCCUUACUCCAUCCCCCCAUUUUUUCUAUCAUAUAUUAGUAGCGUAUUGCCUCGCCUCCCUUUUUUCCCUAUAUCCAGCUUCAGUUCCAUUUCUUUUCUGUUCACCUAUAUCCUUGGCAAACUACAACCUUUUUUAACAUCUUCACUGUAUUUACAAGUUCUGUUAUUCCUACAAUCUUCACUUUCACUUAUAUUUUUUUGUAAACUACGAUUAUUUACUUUUUCACAUGGUAUUUUUUCUCAAGUCUAGUUAUUCGGGCUAACUCUAUCCUCCUAUAACUCUUUUGGAAAAUGAUUUAGGGUCAAUAGUUACAUGUUAUUAUAUUGUACUGGAUUUUAUAAUAAUAAUAAAUGAUUUUUAUACAUGGACUAAAUUCCCCACCUGUAUUUUAUGUCUAUUUAAUUUGUUCUGAGAUGCAAUUUUACACCAUUGUAAUGUUGAUUGUUGUGCUUUAAUAAAAGUUGUUUAAAAACAAGUGUGAGUUUUGCAAUAUAAAAUGGAAGACCAGUAGUCAGUGACCAGUGAUUGUUGUCCAGGAUAUAUUUUGUUUAAAUGUGGUGUCUUCCACUUUAAAAUGAAACCAUUGCUGUUAUUACAUCAUAGUUUUGGUAUUGUCAUCACUGCAGCAUUUGUAGC